AUGGCCUCGGAGCCCCCGCCUUUCCAAGAAGCCGAUCAUUGCGACGUUUGCCACUGCGGCUUCAACACUUUCCGCCGCCGGCACCAUUGCCGCUGUUGUGGGAGAACUUUGUGUCACGAUCACUCCUCAAAUCAAACGACUUUACCGCAAUUUGGAAUCUACACCAAUGUCAGAGUUUGUGCUGAUUGUUUUGACAAUGCUACACGAUCAGGGGCAGGCAAUCAUCAGGCUACUUCUGAUUCUGUGAAUUCCAUAACAGAUCAAGUUUCCAGAUUAGACGUUGGGGCAGAGGUUGAACCAAUAAAGAAUCCAAGUGCACAAUAUCAGUCUCAUGCAACUGUUAUAGAUUGCAAAUGUGGAAUGCCUUUAUGCAUAUGUGAAGCUCCAACUGCAACUACUGAAACAGUUCCACCUCAGGCAAAAGCAACGUCAACAUCUGCUUCAUAUUCAAAUCCAAAGCCCCGGAAGAUAGAUGUCAUUCCUAAAAAUAGAGCAUCCAGUUCCAGUAACAAGCCUAGUUCGGUUUUCAACCAUGGCCAGAUGAACAAUGGCCUUGCAGAUAAACCUCAGCUGAACUAUGAAGCUAGUGGGGAGGGUUUAAGGGAAGCCAUAAAGAAUGAUGAUUCUGCUGCUGUAAGGAAACUUAUCAGCCAGGGUGUAGAUGCGAAUUAUCAGGACCGGCAAGGAAUGUCUCUGCUACAUCUGGCUGCUGUAUUCAACCGAACCGACAUUGUUUUUAUCCUAAUGGAAUCUGGUGCAAGCCUGGACUGCAGAAAUGCACAAGGGGAAACUCCACUUGACUGUGCUCCCGCAACGCUGCAAUACAAGAUGAGAAAGAAAAUAGAAGAAAGUGGGGAGAAGGACCCGCAGAUCAGCGUUUGA